UCUUACCCGCCUUCCGCCCCAACUGGACAGCAAACGCGUAGAUCUCAUCGAGUUCUUCUCUUGAAAUGUCCGUCAUGUUGAUUGCCUGUUGUCGUGUAUACAAAGAAUACUAGAUUGGCAUGGCAGAAACGCCAUGGCGAACCAACACGCGCCAGAAGCGAUCGCGUCGCACAUCAUCCGUCUAAAGCCGUAUCGGCUAGGAACGGAAAGGGUCCUGAUAGCUACAUGUAGGGAAGUGGGACGUCAUUCUUUGAGAUUGGAAGCAAGACGGCCGAUCGUAAGGGUGGGGGUAAGGACUUUUCCCUUUCCGAAAGCCACCGGAAUCUCGGAACGAGCGUACACUGAGAGGAUACGCGACACGAAAGACAGAUCAGUCGUGUUAUCGCAAUCUCUCCCAACAUCAGCACAGUUUUAAAAGCACCGAUAUUGGCUUAUUAGCUCAGGUCGUAUCAAAAGCUACCGUUUCAGGACGUCUCCUCCAUACUUACAGCCCAACAUGCCCAAAUCCAUUCUCCUAAUAAACGGUCCAAACCUGAACCUCCUCGGCACGCGCGAACCUACAAUCUACGGCUCUACAUCUCUCUCAGACGUAAUUACCUCCGCGCAUACCCAAUGUACCGAACGAUCCGUGAACUUUUCGCACAUUCAAUCGAACCACGAAGGCGUACUCGUUGAUCGCAUACACGAGGCACGCGGCAAAGUCGACUUCGUUGUGAUCAACCCCGGCGCGCUCACACAUACCAGCGUCGCACUGAGGGACGCGUUGGCCGGCGUGGAGAUACCCUUUGUUGAAGUGCACAUCAGUAACAUACAUAAGAGGGAGGCGUUCAGACAUCACAGUUAUCUGAGCGAUAAGGCCGAAGCAGUAAUUUGUGGUUUGGGAGUAUAUGGAUAUGAGGCAGCUAUCGAGUUUGCGGUGAGGUAUCUUAAGGAAAAGGACGAGAAGAAGGCGAAUUUGUAGAGCGUCAUGUAUAGCUAGAUUUGUGGCGGCAAAUGAUGCUUUGAUUUUGGUACCGAUGUCUAUGGAGUCUCCUGUUCGCCAGUAACAUGCAGAUUAUCAGUCGUGCGUUCUACUGAAUCCAUGUUUGAUAUCCUGUCGC